AUGAAGUUCGUCGUCUUCAUCUCCGCAGCCGCCCUCCUCGUCUCCGGCGCGUCCGCGGCCUGGUGCCGCGACUGCAACUAUUACAACAUUGUCCAGGGCCGCUGCGACGCCUGCAGCAAGUCCGAGAUCUACUUUGGGUCCGUCCAGCGCUGCGUGAACUGCGGGUCCUCGUGCCCCGUUGCGCAGCCGGCGAGCGACUUUUCCGGGUCGACCGUGUAUGAAUGCUGA